GACAUUAAAAAGCUAGAGAAGUAGUACCAUGCAUGAAAUGUUCUGACACAAGAUAUGUCUACAACCGUUCGAAAUGGGUUUUGCUGUACUUUCUUGUUUCUUUGGUCCACCCUUUAAACCUUCUUGUGUGCCACACGUUGAAAUAUACAUACCAACCUUCUCCAACCCCCAGAAUUCCAUUAGCCGCCUUCAGGAGGUCAGGCUGGAGAAGGCUGAAGUGUUCUGUAUUUUCCCUCUAAGAAAGUUUGUGGAAAAGAAAGUUCAUGUUGUGUUUGGUACCUCUUGCAGGUGUUGACCCUCCAUCAAGGCCAUGCUGGAUUCCAGAUGUUUUCCCCUGAGUUGGAGAUGAGCUCAGUAUGAAGUAGCUGAAGAUCCUACCUGGCAGAAUGACCAAAGCACGACUUUUUCGUCUCUCGGUGGUGCUCGGCUCCAUUUUCAUGAUAUUGUUGAUUAUCGUUUAUUGGGACAAUGUAGGGACCGCACAUUUCUACUUGCACACGACCCUCUCACGGCCUCAAGGGGUGCUCCCAACAGUGGUGAAGGACAGCCCAGGUUCUUUGCUGGGCGUGGAUGACUUUUUGGAGAACCUUUUGAAUUCUAACCUGAAAAAAAACAUGGAUCUUGGUCGGAAGACCGAGAAGCCGCCCUUGCAUGCGUCAAGCCGGCCCGGGGCCAGCAACUUGGAGGAGAAUGUCAGAGGCUAUGACUGGUCCACCCGGGACGCCAGUGUGAUCCUUGACCAAGAGAAGUUGCAGAAGGACCGGCAGAAGAGGCUGCAGGACUGGUGCACCAAUUCCAGCUUCACCUUCCCAACGAAGGAGCGAACGUUUGAUGACAUUCCCAACUAUGAGCUGAACCACCUCAUUGUAGACGACCGCCAUGGCAUCAUCUACUGCUACGUCCCCAAAGUGGCCUGCACCAACUGGAAGCGGGUGAUGAUUGUCCUGAGUGAAAGCUUAAUGGAUCAGGGUGUCCCAUACGUUGACCCUUUGGACAUACCCCGUGAGCAUGUCCACAAUACCACCGCCCACUUCACCUUCAACAAGUUCUGGCGCCGCUACGGCAAGUUCUCCCGCCACCUCAUGAAGAUCAAGCUCAAGAAGUACACCAAGUUCCUCUUUGUCCGCGACCCCUUCGUUCGGCUCAUCUCGGCCUUCCGCAGCAAAUUUGAGCUGGCCAACGAGGAAUUCUACCGCCGUUUUGCGAUCCCCAUGCUGAAACUGUAUUCCAACUACAGCAGCGUGCCUACGUCAGUGAGUGAAGCCUUUGAGUCGGGCUUUCGAGUGUCCUUCUCGGAUUUCAUCCAGUACUUACUGGACCCUCGGACAGAAAAGUUGGCCCCCUUCAACGAGCACUGGAGGCAGGCGUACCGCCUGUGCCAUCCGUGCCAGAUAGAGUAUGACUUUGUUGGGAAACUGGAGACCUUGGAUGAAGAUGCCACUUACUUGCUGCAGCUUCUCAAGGUGGACCAUCUUCUCCACUUCCCUCCCAGCUACCGGAACAGGACAGCCAACAGCUGGGAGGAGGACUGGUUUGCUAAGAUCCCCAUGGCGUGGCGACAACGGCUGUAUAAAUUGUACGAGGCCGAUUUUGUGCUUUUUGGAUAUCCUAAACCAGAAAACCUGCUUAAAAACUGAGCCACCCGGAACUGGGGGAGUGUUCAAAAUUCCCAAAGAAUCCUCCUUAUUUUAUGCCCCCCAGAUAAGAGGGUCCCUUCAGGUUGGCCCACACAAGCGCACCUUUUUUCUACAGCCUUUUACACAUUGCUUCGUUGCGAGCGCCUGCGUCUCCUGCAGGAAAGGUCCUUUCACCUCUCGGGUUCUGUCCCGUGUGACCCUCUUAUUUUGCUGUCGUGAUACAAUCGGGUGGGUUCCACAGCUGUUUACGUAGAUGCUUUUUCUUGGUGCAUUUAAAAAAAAUGGAAAGAAAGAAUUAAUAUA